UUCAUCCUCGACCAGUGAUCCAGAGAAGAGAAGGGUUCAUGUUCGAUCUCCUCCCUUCACCUCUCCUCACCGUUCAACGUGACUGAGGUGCGUCCGUCGCUGCCGUGGUGGUCUGCUCGCGUGGUCUGAUCUCCUCCUUGCUUCUCGUCAUUCGUUUCUCUUCCUCCCUCUUCGGUUGUUGUGGCGACGCCAGAGGCCUCUUUCUCUUCACUGGCCGAGUCGUCCUUGUUCUAGUGGCUCAAGACUCGUUCUUCCUCCCUUCCCUAGCUCGACCUGGUGUGGAUGUCUCUUAAUAGGAAAAAAAAAAAAAUUGGUUGUGUUAAAAAAGCUAUAGUGACAGUGUUCUUGUAAAAGAGUAUGAGUAGUCAACUUACAUGUGGUGCCUCUUGUUCUUGUUCUAAGUUCAUUCUUAUGACAAAAGUGAGUAACACCGGUGAAGAUUAAUUUUGGUUUUCUUUGCUAUCCAUCCUAUUUGACUUUAAUAUUGUUCACUGUCAGUACACUUCCAUCGGCCCCUUCCUGGAUGGCAAAUUUUUUCCCUGGAUCUUCGAAAUUUUGUCUUUUUGGCACUCAUGUUGGUGUCUGAAACACUUGGUAUUGCCAGUGUAAUAAGUUAUUCAAGAAUAUGAUUAAGAAGAGGUUAGUUUCUUCUAGCCUAUUCUUUAUAACCAGGAGAAAAGUAACAACCUGUGCUCUUUCUAUUGAAACCUCAGACAUGGCAGUCUCUAUUCCUUCUGGAAACCACAAAAAUCUCUGCCAUUCCCUAGCAGAUCAGCUUAUACAAAGGGGUUUACUUUCAUCUGCCCAGCUAGUUGUUCAAAGGAUGAUUAGUUAUUCUAUGUCUGUCACUGAUGCCAUUUCAGUUGCUAAUUAUGUUGUUGGUCGUGGUUUGGACCUUGAUUUGGGUAGCUAUGCUGUCUUAAUAAGGAAGCUGGUGACUUUAGGGGAGCCACAAUUAGCAGAGUCACUUUACUUAAUAGAAAUUGCAUCUCGAGGUUAUAAUCCAUACCCUUCGAUUUUGAAUUCUAUGGUAAUCUGCUCAUGUGAGUUGGGAAAAGUAGAAGAUGCAAUAAAUUAUUUUAAAAGGCUUCUUUCCUUCAAUUGCGUGCCGCAGAAAGAAGCAUGCCAUAGCAUUCUACAGCAGUGUUGUGCCCAAGAACGAUAUUUGGAUGCUUUGAUUUAUUUCUUAGAGCCCAGUGUGUAGAAGUAGAACUGAGUUUUUGGUGCUAUCAUCUAUUAAUUGAUGGGCUAUGCCAUAAAGGACAUUUGGAUGAGGCUCUUCGAGUGUUUGAUAUGUUGCAGAACUACCAUAAAUAUCUCCCUUCAGUUCAUUUAUACAAGUCACUGUUUUAUGGUCUCUGCAAGGGUAGUAGAAUAGUGGAGGCAGAGUUAAUAAUUGGGGAAAUGGAAUCCCGAGGUAUGUAUAUUGACAAGACAAUGUAUACUUCUCUUGUCCGUGUGUAUUGUAGAGACAGAAAAAUGAAGGUGGCUAUGCAGGUUUUCUUCAGAAUGUUCAAGACAGGCCAUCAGCCAGAUCAACGUAUAUGUAAUGUUUUAAUUGAUGGUUUCAUGAAGUUGGGUCUAUGUGACAAGGGCUGGGUUAUACAUAACAAGAUGAUGGAGUGGGGAAUUAAGCCUAAUGUGGUGACUUAUCAAGUUAUGAUUUCCCAGUACUGUAAAGAAGAAAGAAUUGAUUGUGCUAUGACUCUUUUCCACAACAUGAUUAAUUUUAAAGUAACCCCUAAUGUUCAUUGUUACACUGUUUUGUUCUCUGCACUGUACAAGCAUAAUAAAGUGGAAGAGUUUUAUGAGUUGUACAAAAGUAUGAUGGAAAGUGAUGUUAUUCCUGAUCAUGUGCUAUAUUUAAAACUUACGAAAAUUUUGCCUGUUUGCAAGCUACGGCUUGCCUUCACAAUUUUGCAGGCCCUUGCUAAGAAUGGAUGUGGUUUUGAUCCUAUGUUGCCUGCUUCUUCUAGUAAAAAUCCAGACUAUGAUUUUGAGCGAGAAAUUGAACUCUUGCUGGAGAGAAUUGUGAGGAAAAAUGAUAACUUAGCAACUGUAGCUUAUAGCAUUUUUAUUUGUGCCUUGUGCGAGAAAGGAGAAAUAGACAAGGCAUUAGUUUGUUUGAAAAAAAUGGAUGAUGCUAGAUACAGACCCUUGCAUUUCAGUUACAACUCACUCAUCAAGUGUUUGAGCCAAAUGGGGCAUUUUGAGGAUGCUUGCUAUGUUAUUGACCAUAUGGAAGAUCGUGGCUUGGUUCCUGAUCAAGCAACUUUCUUGAUAAUUGUAGAUGAGCUUUGUAAUCAGGGUGAUAUGGCCUCUGCAAUUGAUUUCCUGGAUCAAAUGGAAGAGAGAGGAAUGAAGCCCUCUGUUGCUAUUUAUGACUCAAUUAUAGGUUGUUUAGUUAAAGAAGGAAAAAUUAUUGAAGCAGAAGACCUUUUUAAGAGAAUGCUUAUGAGUGGUGUGAAUCCUGAUGUGGCAGUUUAUACUGCAUUGAUUAAUGGAUACAUCAAGAAUGGAAGAGUACUUGAAGCCCGAGAAUUAUUUGACACAAUGGUAGAGAAUUCAAUCAAACCAAGUUAUCAUUCUUACACUGUCCUUGUAAGUGGAUUAGUUAAGAAACAUAUGAUUGAUGAGGGAUGCAUUUACCUUGGCAAAAUGUUGGAGAAUGGUAUGGUGCCGAAUGCUGUUUUAUAUACUUCCCUUAUCUUACAUUUCUUGAAAAACAGGGAGUUUGAAGUUGCCCUUAAGUUAGUUAAUCUAGCGGGCAAAAAUGAGAUAACUUGGGAUCUUAAAAUGUGCAUGGCAUUUGUGAAUGGAGUUCGAAGAUAUAUUUGUCGUAACAACAAUGAAAGUUACAACUUGCCAAGAAUGUCUGAAAGGGGAAAAGAGAUGCUAUUGUAUUUGCUUGAAUGGAGUCCUUUUCCUACAAUAGAAAAUAUACUUAGAGUUCCAACUAAAUCUUCUGAGGCAUUGAAAUGGUUGGCUAGGAGGUUGAUAAAAGGUUUCAAAGGUGCUGCAAUUGUGGAUAAUCUUUACCUGAACAACUGCAUAAUAUCAUGGCUUUGUAGGGAAGAAAUGAUUAAUGAUGCAUAUAGUCAUUUACAACUGAUGGAAAAAGAAGGUAUGUGCCCUAAUCAUGUAACUUAUACCAUCCUUCUUUAUGGGCAUAUUCAAUUGGAUGAUGUUGACAGUGCUGUGAGAUUGUUCAACAAGAUGAACGUAGAUGGUUGUAUUCCAGAUAGGAUUGCUUAUGACACUUUAUUGGGAGGCUUCAUUAGAGCUGGGAGACUUCGUGAUGCAAUGUCACUUGUGUAUUCAAUGCACAAAAGGGGAUUAUACCCAAAGUGGGCAUCUUGUGAAAUGUUAUUAUACUGUUUCUGCAGAAGUGGACUAAGUGUUCCUGGAUCCAGAUUAUUUCAAGAAAUGAUUGCGGCAGAUUAUCAGCAUAUCCUACGUGACCAUUAUUGGUCAUCUUACAAUUUAUGUGAAAGUGAUAGACUUCAUGAAGAUCAGUUGAUAUAUGACGAUGCAUUUCAAAGAGCUCUGUAUAAAGGAAAGAAGCUUCUCAUGAGUUAUCAGUCAAGCUCCCCAUGAUGGCAAAACUAGUGAUAUAUGUUCAUGGUGUAAGUGUCAGGCUUCAAGGAGAAAAUAUUUAGAUAUGAAGUGGUGAGACUUAAUUGAAGCUGACGUUAGUUGUGAAGUUAACGUAGCACGUAGCAUUUUCAUGGUUGAAGAAAACGAACUUCAGUGAAGUCUAUUUGUUCACAAAACAGGGGGACCAUAGUUGCCUUCAAUUGAUUGUGCCGCAGUCAUCAGCUUUUUCAUGCUUUUGAUGGAAGUAAUGGAUUCCACGGAUACUUCAGCAUUGGCAGCAACAAUGACACCAUUGAAAAGCAUCCUUGACUUCGUAUGAGGGUUAUAUCUGAUGUCAGAUCUAUGAAACUACCGUUAUGGUUGCCAAAGCUCCUAAUCAUCAUCCGGAGCUAACAAAGCUCCUGAAGUUCUGUAGUGGGUCCUUCAGAAGAAAAAGAUUAGAUGAGAGAAAGAUAGGAGUAGGGCCCUAGAGGGAUAGAGAGGCUUUACCUCUAAUUCCAUAACUCUCCUCACUUCAUCCUCCGGACACUAGAGGGAGUCUGGCUUUUUGAAGUUCUGAUGCAAGUGUUUGUUGGCAUCGAUACUACACCAUUUAGUGGUAUAUAGUGGAGGUUUCUCCUAAUUUUAUCUCUAAACAGCUAGUGGACCCAACCAAGUGGGCCCAAGACUACUGUUGUUGUUGUUGUUGUUGUUGGAUGUUGCAGUACAGAUUGCAUGGCAAAGAAAUUUGGGGCAAAGAUCAUAGGCAUCACUUCAAGUCUUGUUUAAACUGCUUGAGCAAUUGCUUUUCUGCUGCUCAAGGGUUAGCUGACAUGGUCUACCUUGAUCGUUUCGUUUCUUAAAUUAUAUUUAUGCUUGCUGCCUAGAAUUGAUAUAAUAAAAUAAAAUAACCAAGGUUUAUGAUUUUUUUAAGAAUAUAUUUACUGUAGCUCUUUUUUUUUUUUUUUUAAACCUUCAUAUUUUUGCUAUAGCAACAUUCCUGUCAAGCUGCAGAUGAUUUAAAGCAACCAUUCUUUGAUGGCUAGGUUGAUCUGGCGUGGUCCAAUCGAGAAAGGAGAACAUAAGCUUGGCAACAAUUUGUGAUGGACUGAUUUUAUUAAAGGAGAAGAUAACUGUUGGUCUUUAUACUCUUGA